GCUGACGUCUGGCUCGGCCACUUCCGCAUUCCGGAGCUCUCCCAGACCUGGCCCACUACAGUACUUAAGCGGGCUGAUGCAACCGCUCGGGUUAGUCCCCGCGCCCGCCGCCGACUCCUCAAAAAAAAAAAGAAAAAAAUGAAGAGAGAGAGACAGCCCGAAUCCCGCGUUCCCCUCGUCCUCUUUGGAUUGUUUUGGUUUUGAUGUUCGUGUAGGCGCACCACAGGGUGCCGACACAAGUUGCACCAUUGACGCAAGAAGUUCUCUCUGACGGCGGUGGGGGGGCGGGGGGGUCCGGGUCGGACAUGAUGCCGGGACAGAUACCGGAGCCUUCGCUGGCAGCGGGCUCCCUGCCCUGCCUGGGCCCGCCGGCGCGCAUCUCGGCCACCACGCUGACCGACCAGCUGAAGCUGGCCGACCUUCGCCAGCUGGGCGCCAUGUUCUCGCCGCUGCAUUUCUUCGGCAGGCUGGGAAAGAGGCCGCUGAGCAUCAAGACGGAGCUGGACGAAGACGAAGAGAGGAGGAAACGAAGGCGAGAGAAAAACAAAGUGGCGGCGGCGCGAUGCCGAAACAAGAAGAAGGAACGAACGGACUUCCUUCAGAGGGAGUCGGAGCGCCUGGAGAUGGUCAACUCGGAUCUGAAGGCCCAGAUCGAGGAGCUGCGCCUGGAGAGGCAGCAGCUGAUGGUGAUGCUCAACCUGCACCGGCCCACCUGCAUCGUGCGGACCGACAGCGUCAAAAGCCCCGAGGGCGAGGACCACCCGCCGCUGGAGCGGCUGCGCGCCCACGGCGAGUGAAGCCGCCGCCGCCCGCGAGUGCCCCCCCCCCCCCCCAGACGGACCCUUGCGGGCAC